AUGCUUUUAGCGUUCAUCCUAACUAUUCUCUUUUUAAGCGUUUUCGCCUAUCUGUGUUCUCAAGGCGAGAAGUAUCCUGAUGCACCGACACUUCGCGUGUCUACGAAGCCUGGGACAAUGGGAACAUUGGAAGAUAAAAUGAUGUAUGUGACCGAUAUCAUGAAGCUCCUUGACGUAGGUUGGGAAAGAUACUCGAAGAAGGGCAUCAAUUAUAUUCUACUAGCUCCUACCCGAAAAUUCUAUAUCGUGGCACACAAAUACUUGGACGAGGUUCGGCGUGCACCCGAAACCCAUGUGAGCAAUCUUGCGUCCAACAACGAGACUAUGCAGACUCGGUACACCCUACACCCUAAGUUAAUGUGGGAUCAAUACCAUUUUGAUAUUCCAAUUAGAAAAUCGUUGACCCAGAGUCUGGGACCUAAGCUUAGGGACAUAGCUGACGAGGGCAAACUGGCACUAAACCAGUUCUUGGGCUCUUCUAAAGACUGGGAAUGUCGCCCCAUAUAUCGACUGGGUUUCGAAGUGACGACACGGACUGCAAAUCGACUUCUCUUUGGCAUUGACCUGGCUCGUGACGCCGAGUUCCAGAAUCUGUCGAUCGAGUAUUCUGAAAUCAUGUUUGGGGGCGCUGAAAUUAUUAGGAGUUAUCCUGAACUCCUCAAACCAAUCGUGAUGUGGUGGAAAACCGAUAUCUACCGUGCACAAGCACUAGCAAAGAAGAUACUUUGCCCUAUAAUAAAGGCUCGAAUCGAGCAGGGAGAUCGCUAUAUAGCCGAAGGUCGCCAGGCAGAAUGGGAGAAGAUCAAAGCUGACGACGCCAUUCAGUGGGUGCUCGACGUGUCACCUCGCAAAGAACGUGUCCCAGACCUUCUCGUCUAUCGCAUGCUGCAUAUCAAUAUCUCAGCUGUUCAUACCAGUAGCGUCACAUUCCUUGAGAUCAUUCUCAAUCUUUCUGUCACCCCUGAGUACCAUGAGGAACUCCGCGAUGAGAUUGUUCAGAUAUUCAGACAAGAAAGAGGAUGGACAAAGCAGGCGCUGACCUAUCUUGUCAAGAUGGACAGCUACUGUACUGAGACGAUGAGAUUAAACGUCCUUUCUUCAUUUAAACUGGGGCGCAAAGUUAUUAAAGAUUGGCAACUAAGCGAUGGCAUUAAAAUUCCAAAGGGUACUUUUCUCUUCUGCAAUCACUCAACUGUAGUGCAAGACGCAGAUUACUUCGAGAACCCACACCAUUUCGAUCCGUGGCGAAUGUUUAGACUCAGGCAACGCGAUGGCGAGGCUAAUAAGCACCAAUUUGUCAUGACUUCUGACACUAACCUCGCUUUUGGCCAUGGCAAGCAUGCUUGCCCAGGACGAUUUUUUGCUGCGAACGAGAUUAAAACACUCCUUGUAUUGUUUCUCAUGAGGUACGAUUUUGAGGCGACGAAUUUGAAAGGUGGCAUAGCGGAGGUCAAAAAAGGCCGCUGGUUCAACUCCACAAGAUUACCAAUCGACCAUGCCAUUAUAAAAUUCAGAGAACGAACCAGUAGAAUACCAGAAGAUUUAAGGGUGCAUUUUGUUUAA